AUAACAUUUGCUGGGAGAAGGAACACUCUUGCCCAGGUAACACUACUAGAAGUAAACCUGUCAGUACCGGUAUCGGAGCAAUCAGAAUGUCCACCAAGCGAAGCAUCAUUGUCACAGGCGGCGCCUCAGGAAUCGGCCUGGGCAUCACGCGCCAAUUCGCCCCGCAACCCAACACACACAUCACCAUCUUUGACAUCAACAGCACAACCGGCGAAGCCAUCGUCUCGCAACUGCAGACCGACUUCCCCUCGACAGGGUUCAGUUUCGAGCAAGUCGACGUGUCGAGCUGGGAGAGCCAGGCGGCGGCAUUUGAGCGUGUGUUCGCACAGCAGGGCCGCGUCGACGUCGUCUUUGCGAAUGCGGGGAUUACGGAGAAGGGUUCGCUUUUGCCGGAGAAGGAUGGGAAGCUGACCAAGCCGGAGCUUGCGACGAUCAAUGUGAAUUUUGUUGGGGUUGUUUAUAGUGUAAAACUCGCCCUCCACUACAUAUCAAAAAACACCCCGGUCAACAACUCAAAGGGCAGCGUCAUCUGCACCGCCUCAAACGCCGGCGUCUACCCGUUCCCAAUGGCACCCAUCUACUCGGCAACAAAGCACGGCGUCAUCGGACUCGUCCGCUCCCUCGCUCGACCGCUAGAAAGGGAACAGAUCCAGAUCAACGGGUUCGCGCCUGCUGUUAUUGAGACAAACAUCGCCCCCAGCUCCGACCUCUUCAAGACAAUGGUGCUGACGCCCAUGUCGACGGCUCAGCGGGCGGCCCAGCAGUUUGUCGACGACCCUUCGCUUACGGGCAAGAUUGCGGAGCUGCAUGGGGAGCAUGUAACCUUUGCGGAGCCGCCGGCGUACGUGGAUGAGGAUACAGGGAGGAAUAUUGAGAACUUUUGGAGCUUGGGGUAUGCCUGAAUGGAUAUGAAUGAAAUGUGUAUGAAAUUGAAAGUAUGAGGUUUGAAUGACUCUGCAUGUAUUGUGGUAUACAUAGUCUAUGUAUGGGUUUGGCGUGAUUUGAAAUGAUAUGGUACCGUACAAUAAUAGUGAUAUAACCAGCCAACCCAUCUUACUCUAUUCAAUCCCACUCGCAAAAUGGCAAAGAAAGAAGAGGAAGAAGGGAACAAAGAAAUAGAGACGAAAGAUAGAAAGGUCACGCAGUGGUAUACGCAUUAUACAUAGAUCAUCAAUCAUUCUCAUCCUGCAGCAGGACCUUGAGCUUCUCCAGCUUAUCCUCGCACCGCACCUCCAUUUUCAUCACAACAUCCACGCUCUCCUUCUUCGUAAUUAGGAGCUGCGAGACGAGCCAGAAAUUGUACCCGUUCUUGAAGAAGCCCAUGGACGCCCAUUCAUGCGGUGAUAUUGUGUUGCGCAGUGUUAGCCAGUGGUCUCGCCACCGUGUUAAGGCCAUGCGGAUUGGGAUUAAUGUGGAGUCUUCUUGGUUGACAGACUGUCGUCGUUUCCCUGAGCCGGUCGAGGUUGGGAAUUGUUUUCUUACGGUGUUGCGGAGGAGAGGAGCGAGGCAAGUCAUGUGCGUGUUGAUAAAUGCGUAUAAUACUGGAUUUAUUAGCUUUCUGGAGGUGGGAGAGGAUAAUGGGAUAGUAAGUACCGUGGAUUAGGACAAACAUGUCGAGUACUGUGAGGUUUGCGAUUGUAUCUGGAACAGCGGACGAUUCAGCACCGCUGUUUUCUUCAAAUAGGCUGCUGAAUGCCUCGCCUAGUGUGAGACCUCGUGAGACUUGGAACCCGGGUUCUGCGAAUGGGUGUUCGGAGGCGAAGACGGACUCCUGGCAUGGAAAGUCCCAUUGUAAUUCUGUAUGCGAGAGGCGGCAAGGGUAAUUUUGGUAGAAUGAAAAGGCGCAGUCGAGGAGAGAAAUGAUAUUCCGAAUGCGGCACUCGUUCUGAAUCCAUAGUGUUUCGUCAAUUCCAUCCUCGGGCGUGUGCUGAUACUGGACGAG